CCCAGAGAUGACCACAGCCUGGCCCUCACCCUGGCUCCAGGUAUAUAAGGGGACCCUGGGGGCCGAGCACCAUGGAGGCCAGUUCUGAGCACACCUAGCUCUAGGUCAGCCGCCACCAUGUCUCUGACCAAGGCUGAGAGGACCAUCGUUGUGUCCAUGUGGGGCAAGAUCGCCACACAGGCGGACGUCAUCGGCAUGGAGGCCCUGGAAAGGCUCUUCUCCAGCUUCCCGCAGACCAAGACCUACUUCCCGCACUUCGACCUGCAUCCAGGCUCCGCGCAGCUGCGCGCGCACGGCUCCAAGGUGCUGGCCGCCUUGGGCGACGCAGUCAAGAGCAUCGACAACGUGGCGGGCGCUCUGUCCAAGCUCAGCGAGCUGCACGCCUACGUCUUGCGCGUGGACCCGGUCAACUUCAAGCUCCUGUCCCACUGCCUGCUGGUCACCGUGGCCUCCCACUUCCCCGACUUCACGGCCGACGCCCACGCCGCCUGGGACAAGUUCCUGUCCACGUGUCCUCGCGUUCUGACCGAGAAGUACCGCUGA